AUGAGGUUAGAUGCGGUAAAAUGGUUGAUUGCAAGCCAUGCCAAAGUAGGAGGAACUAUAUAUCAUCAGCUUCCUAGUCUCCGAGCGCAACUAGCAACGGUCCCUCGAGUGCAGCUCCCUACAAGAGUUUUGGACCUGAGACCCAGUUCUUUCUCUUCAGACCGCCUCACUUUUGAAGAUAUGAGGCUAUUGAUAUCUAAUGGAGAGACGAUGGGUCAUUAUAUGACACUGAGUCAUCGCUGGGGCGAAGCGCACAAUUUGGAGCUGACACGAGAAAACCUACCGGCCUUUACCAAACGCAUUGAGUUUCGCCAUCUGCCACGAACUUACGAACAUGCCGUCAUAGUCGCCAGAAGCCUCGGGUUUCGCUACCUAUGGAUAGAUGCCCUCUGCAUUAUCCAGCACGACGAGCAUGACUGGCUGCGAGAAUCAGCCAAGAUGGCGACUAUCUACCACAACGCAAGUUGCAAUAUAGCCGCGCACACAGCACUUGACGAUAGCCAUGGUUUCCUCUGGCCUAAUUUUGCGCAGAGUCUGGCUGAUAGCGCCAUCAUGAAAAGAGGCUGGGUCUUCCAGGAGCGUAUCCUAUCGAAACGGAUAAUACACUUCGCGCGCGGUACAUCUUUCUUCGAAGACGCAUCUGGCGUUAUCAAGCCCGACGGCAUAGCUCCAGAGAACUACGACCCUAUUACAAACAACAAGAUGAAUCUCGAGGACGGGCUAGUAAGCCAGGAUGAGUGGUACCACCUCGUGGAGAGGUUCACCACCUGCAACCUUACUUUCGAGACCGAUAGGCUUCCUGCUGUAGCGGGACUUUCUGAGUACUAUGCGCAGCAAACUAUUGACGGGAAGUACCUUUGGGGUUUGUGGAGCGGGUCCUUCCAUCAAGGUCUUCUGUGGGUUACCACGGCUCAAGAUACGAACGAGCUACUUGAGGGCUACCGUGCGGCUGGCAUGCAACCUCCAUCAUGGUCUUGGGCGAGAUGGGCUGGCAAAAUUCGUUAC